CUCACUUUGCAUACUUACCAGAUCAUUCAAACUGCCCUCGUUCAGCCCCCAUGGCCUCUACUAUCACAGACUCACAGAAGCCUUUCUCUUUGGACCCCUACCAUGUCUCUGAGCAAUUUGGCUUCAUCCUCCCUGCACCCCUGGCAGAGUUGCCGCCAUACUACCAGCCCUGGAUGGACAUUGCCCAGCAUGUUACAGAGCUCAUUUACUCUCACAUGCUGCGCUCCCACAUUCUCAAGAUGCCCCUGCUGAACACCCAAUUCCUGGAGAGCCACAGAGAGCUGCGUCUGGCCCACUUGGCCCUGAGUGUGAUGACCAUGGGUUACGUGUGGCAGGAGGGGGAGGAUGACACAGUCAAGAUGCUUCCCCGCAACCUGGCCAUUCCAUACUGUGAGGUGUCUCAGCGCCUAGGACUUCCUCCCAUCCUUACCCAUGCAGACGCAGUACUGGCUAACUGGAGGAAGAGGGAUCCACAGGGACUGUUUGACAUGGAGAACUUGGAACUGCUUGUCACGCUACCUGGUGGGGACAAUGUGAGAGGGUUCUUCAUGGUCACUCUGCUAGUGGAGCUGGCUGCAGUGCCAGCCAUUAAGAGUAUUCCUUUGGUUAUUAACGGGGUUCAGUGCAGUGAUGCUGAGACUGUAACCAGAGCACUAGAGGAAUUCAGCCAGGCCAUGCAGGGCAUGACAGAUGCACUUAAACUGAUGCAUGUGUAUGUCAAACCCGAAGUCUUCUAUGGCAUUAUGAGGAUCUAUCUGUCUGGGUGGAAAGACAACUCCUCCAUGCCAGCUGGGUUGGUGUAUGAGGGCGUCCAGGCAGAGCCUAUGGAGUAUUCUGGUGGGAGUGCUGCCCAGAGCAGUCUGCUGCACUGCUUUGAUGAGCUGCUGGGUGUCAAACAUGAAGCAAAGAGUGGUGCCUUUCUGACCCGUAUGAGGAACUACAUGCCCCCUUCCCACAAGCGUCUGAUCCAGGACAUCUCUCUGCAGCCCUCCCUGCGAGGCUUUGUCCAGCAGCAGGCCUGUGAGCCGCUGACCGCAGCCUUCCAGCUCUGUGUGACCAAGCUGCUUGCCCUCCGCAGCUACCACAUCAACGUGGUCAGCCGCUUCAUCACUGUGCCCGCUGCCCGUGCCCGACAGCUCCGAAACCAGGGGAACAUUUCCCAGGAGGAGACUGUCAGCAUGGCGCCCGCGGCACUGGAGGAGACGGGCACCGGCGGCUCGGGCAUCAUGAGCUUCCUAAAGACUGUAAGGGACCGCACACGGGACGUCUCAAUUUAAACCAUCAGUGUUCAUUUCCAUUAAAUGCAACCACUAAUUUCUUAAUUUAAUCUAAAAUAGAAUGUAAAAUAUGUAUCGGAUGACUAGUCCAGACCGACUGUGCUCAUACCACAAUCCCCAAUUCCUGCAUGAGUCAGAAAACUGUCAUGCAAGAAAUCUCGCACUUUUUCUACAUUUUGUUAUGUUUAAGUAUUAUUGUAGAAUUGAUUAAAUAGCUUUUUUUCUCAUCGAUCUACACACAAUUCCCCAUAAUGACAAAGAAAAAAGAAAUAAAAAUAUUACAUUUACAUAAGUAUUCAGACCCUUUAAUCAGUACUUUGUUUAAGCACCUUUGGCAGUGAUAACAGCAUUGAGUCUUCUUGGGUAUGACACUACAAGAUUGGCACACCUGUAUUUGGGGAGUUUCUCCCAUUCCUCUCUGCAGAUCCUCUCAAGCUCUGUCAUGUUGGAUGGGAGCUUUGCUGCACAGCUAUUUUCAGGUCUCUCCAGAAAUGUUAGAUCGGGUUCACUCAAGGAUGUUCAGAGACUUGUCCCAAAGCCACUUCUGCAUUAUCUUGGCUGUGUGCUUAGGGUCGUUGUCCUGUUGGAAGGUGAACCUUCACCCCAGUUUGAGGUCUUAAGCGCUCUGGAGCAGGUUUUCAUCAAGGAUCUCUUUAUACUUUGCUCCGUUUAUCUUUGCCUCGAGCCUGACUAGUCUCACAGUACCUGCCGCUGAAAACAUCCCCACAGCAUGAUGCUGCCACCACCAUGCUUCACCGUAGCGAUGGUGCCAGGUUUCCUCCAGAUGUGCCCCUUGGCAUUCAGGUCAAAGAGUUCAAUCUUGGUUUCACCAGACCAGAGAAUCUUGUUUCUCAUGGUCUGCGAGUCCUUUAGGUGCCUUUUGGCAAACUCCAAGCAGGACUGCUGCAUGAGAUGGUUGUCCUUCUGGAAUGUUCUCCCAUCUCCACAGUGGAACUCUGGAGCUCUGUCAGAGUGACCAUCGGAUUCUUGAUCACCUUCCUGACCAAGGCCCUUCUCCCCCGAUUGCUCAGUUUGGCCCGGCGGCCAGCUCUAGGAAGAGUCUUGGUGGUUCCAAACUUCUUCCUUUUAAGAAUGGAGGCUACUGUGUUCUUGGGGACCUUCAAUGAUGCAGAAAAGUUUUGGUACCUUUCAGAUCUGUGCAUCAACACAAUCCUGUCUCUGAGCUCUACCGACAAUUCCUUCGACCACAUCCUGUUUGGGAGUUUUUGCAAAAUAAGUAAUUUGAAGGUCCCUGCAAUUGAUCAUAACUAACACAAAAAAGUUACAAUGAAACUUCCACUGUCAGCAAAGAGCAAGUGUCCUAAGGUCUGCAGUACCCAGAGACACCAGAGUAGGGCACUAGUGUGAGAGAGUGAGAGAGUGAGACCACUUGCUAUGUACAUCAGAAAACUGAGGAAAUGGACAGUCCACACCUUCCAUCAUUAUUAUUAGUAUGGUCCUGUUGAGGCACGUGUACUGGCUUAUGUUUUCAUCUUCUGUUUGACGAUAAUGGGAUGGAC